GAAAAUGGGUUCAGGGUAUAAAAACAUAGUAAACAAAAUUUAACUGUAUUAAAAAUAUAUCAGAUACUCGAAAAUCAAUUGCGCUAACUGCAGAAAGUACUUGGACAUUGAAGUAGAGCAGUGAUAACUUCUUCGAAUGGAGAUCAAAAUAUUUAUACUGCUAUUCCCUGUGCUGAUUUGGUUGGAUAGCGUUUCAUUGAGGGACUCUCCUUUUAAUCAAUUUAUAUUGGAUUGCCAAAGUAACCCCAAGGGCAUGCCGCUCGAAUUGAAGCUUCUUAAGGGCGUAUGGCAUGAGGUGGCCCGUUUCCCAAAGUCCUAUGCCGUACGCUGCUUGUCGGUGGAGUGUCCGGAGAGUGCGAGCCCAGAUCUGAAUAUCAAGUUAUCUUACGUAAGCCACAUUGGUCAAAAGGCUAAAAGAGUCGAGGACACGGUUACAUUUCCCAUGGACAAUCUCACCAAGAACAGCAUAUUUCAGACGGAAUAUGAGAUGCGCGAUAUGAAAACAUUUUUGCGUUAUGUGAUAGUCUAUACUGAUUACGUAAAUGUCUCCUUGGUUUGUGGCUCUUCGCCAAUCACACCCUUCGCAAUGAUAAAAAUAUUUUCGCGUAACGAAACAUUGGACUCCAACAUGAAGGAUUUCGUAAAUCAGCAACUGAAGAAAACUCCACUGAAACGGGGUUUCAUGUGGUUGGAUAAUUCCAACUGUGAUAGAGCAAACUGCGCGUUUGUCAGCUCAAGAAUUAUUCAAACACUUACUAUUGCAUUUUCACUCUUAAAUAUAUACAUAAUUUGAUAAUA